UAAAAAGACAAAUACGGCUAUUAAGGUGGUUUAAAUACCGCUGCCAAGACCAGAAGGUCGUCUCAAGAGGUCCCCGCAAAAUGAUCCGAGUCGCUACUUUUUCGCUUCUCCUGGUUGCCGUCCAGUACGUCUCCGUCGCGACGUCGUCGCCGUUCCGCGAGGGCGGACUCUUGGACAGAAUCCACGAUGCGCGACAGGACCUGCACGAGAAAAUCGCGAGUAAAUUUACGACGACCACGCCAAAGCCCAUCGAGCUCACGGUCUGGCAGAAGAUUGGGGUUAGGGCGACUGAAAUGGGGGACGCCGUGAAGAAGUUCGGGGAUGACAGCUUGAGGAAGAUGCAGGAUCUUAAGGCGACCGUUGAAGCUCAGAUUCGACGCCUUAUGAGAAUUUUCGAAAGAAUGAGAAGGACCUCCAAUUUUCUCACCAAGAUAGUGGACACCGAGGAAAAGUUAGGUUAAGCUUCACGAUGC